UCGCACUGCGCAUGCUCGGUGUAGUAGCCGGUUAUGGCGGCCGAGCGUGUUAGUCCAUGAGGUGGGAGGACGCCUGCUGUAGCCGCGGUCUGUGACAGAGCGACUCGCUGCGAUGGCUGGAGUGUUCGACAUCGACCUGGACCAGCCGGAGGAAAAUGUCUCCGACGACGAGAACGACGAGGCCCAGAACAGCGACAUCAUGGAUCAGUGCAGUGGUUUUGAGUUCAACAUGGACGACUGUGAGAAGAUCGAGAUCUCCGAGGAUAACGUCAAUCAGGGGACGGAGAACAUCCGGCCGGAGUGCUUCGAGCUGCUGCGGGUGCUCGGAAAAGGCGGCUAUGGAAAGGUUUUCCAAGUUCGGAAAGUUGUUGGCGCCGCAGCGGGCAAAAUAUUUGCCAUGAAAGUCUUAAAGAAGGCUAUGAUUGUUCGUAACGCUAAGGACACAGCCCACACCAAGGCCGAGAGAAACAUCCUGGAGGAAGUGAAGCAUCCCUUUAUCGUCGAUCUCAUCUAUGCCUUCCAGACCGGGGGGAAGCUGUACCUCAUCCUGGAGUACCUGAGUGGAGGAGAGCUGUUCAUGCAGCUGGAGAGGGAGGGCAUCUUCAUGGAAGACACAGCCUGUUUUUACCUGGCAGAGAUCUCCAUGGCUCUGGGUCACCUGCACCAAAAAGGCAUCAUCUACAGAGACUUGAAGCCUGAGAACAUCAUGCUGAACAGCCAAGGUCACGUAAAACUGACGGACUUUGGCCUCUGUAAGGAAUCCAUCCACGACGGCACGGUUACCCACACCUUCUGCGGCACCAUCGAGUACAUGGCGCCGGAGAUCUUGAUGAGGAGCGGCCACAACAGAGCCGUGGACUGGUGGAGUCUGGGCGCUCUGAUGUACGACAUGCUCACGGGCGCGCCGCCCUUCACCGGGGAGAACCGAAAAAAGACCAUUGACAAAAUCUUGAAGUGCAAGCUCAGCCUCCCGCCCUACCUCACGCAAGAAGCAAGGGACCUCCUGAAGCGGUUGCUGAAGAGAAAUGCUUCAUCGCGGCUGGGAGCAGGACCUGGAGACGCCACAGAAGUGCAGGCUCAUCCUUUCUUUCGACACAUCAACUGGGAAGAUCUGCUGGCCCGGAAGGUGGAGCCUCCCUUCAAGCCGGUCCUGCAAUCGGCGGAUGACGUGAGUCAGUUUGACUCGAAGUUCACCAGCCAGACUCCGGUGGACAGCCCCGACGACUCGACCCUCAGCGAGAGCGCAAACCAAGCCUUCCUGGGUUUUACGUAUGUCGCUCCAUCGGUUCUGGAGAACAUCAAGGAGAGGUUCUCGUUCGAGCCAAAGACCCGCUCUCCUCGCCGCAUCAUGGACAGUCCAAGGACUCUUCUCAGCCCGGGCUGGCCUCGCAGUCCCCUGGUCCCCGGCGUAGGAACCAGCGUCCCUCCCUCUCCUCUGGAGCAGGCCAUGGACCUGUCCGCCGCAGAGCACAUGGACGUGACGAGCAGCAACGAGGCCUCCGCUCCUCUCCCCAUCCGACAACCCGCCGGGGUCAAUGUGGCCCACAUGAAGCAGCAAGCCUACCCCGUGGUGGCCAAGCGGCCUGAGCACCUACGUAUGAACCUAUGACCACUGACUUUUCUUCUUUCCCCUCCUCCCUCUGGUUUGGUGAUCUUUUUUUAAAGGCAAAGAAACAGGAAUGGAUGCUAAAGACAAUGAAAAUCCAAACUUCUUGCACAUCUGAACUGUCACAACCCGGAGCGCGUGCUCGGGGGCCCGGCCCUGCGGCGGCCCUCGCCGCUCCUCCUCGGACUCCUCAGGUCUGUCGACCUUUCGUCCGGCGGUCAUUUAUCAAAGCUACGAUACGCUUGGAACUGAGACGCAGUCGGUCUGCUGUACUUUAAGAUAUCCAAAGUGCUCCGAUCUCUUUUAGUGGAUGCCGGUAAACUCUACUGGAUGGAUUAUUUGACUAAAUGGUUCCUGGUUCUGGAAAAUGAGCUGAAUUAGGAUUACUAUGUGAAAAAAAAAAAAAAAAAGCCGAUUAUGAUGAGCAGGCGAAAAAAAAAGAGGCUCAACAAAUAAAAAGUCUUGCUUUGUUUUACGAAGUCUUAAAGUGGAUCCAUUUACUGUUCUGUGAAUCUACUCAGAGAGCCUCUGUUCUAAAUAAACACAAAAACUAUCAGUCCA